ACGUACAGCGGGAUCCAUAGUAAACAUUGGCAUGUGUAAGAGAUGAGUGGCAAUGGGUGGCCUUCCAAAGCCUCUGACUGCUCCCCGAAGGCGAUUGAGAAGCAGCAGCAGCAGCAGCAGCGGCCUGAGGGAGCGCCCUCCCCUUCCCCGCUUCUCCAGCCAGCCGGGGGCGGAGCUGAUGGCCGAGCUCCUUGGGCCACAGGAGCCCAGCAAGCCGGGGUCGCCGCGGAGGACGGAAGACGUGGUGUUGCUGCCCAACAAAAUCAGUUUUCUCAAGCCCUUCAUUACCAUCCUCUCAAUGCCAAAGGCGCAGAAAAACAUGAAGUUUCAUAGAAGAUGAGGAAGAAAGGGUGCAAAAAGAGCAGCUGUUGAUUUUCAAAGCUCUGUUCAUUGCUCCUCUUUGUAAAGGAACAGAACACAGAAUAUUGCAGUAGAAAUGGGGAACAGGUUUGGGAGAAUCCCUGCAGGCAAAGGCCCUUAUUCUGUGGGAUGCACGGACCUGAUGACGGGUCAUAAUAUUCAGGGAAUUUUUUUGCGCCUGUAUUACCCUUCCCAAAACGGCACAAGUAGUGAAGAAACACUGUGGAUUCCCAAGAAAGAAUAUUACUAUGGACUGUCUGAUUUUCUUAACUUUCAGCGGACAAUAGGAGAGUUCAUUUUUGCAUGUUUUUUUGGCUCAGUGACAUGUCCUGCCAAAUGGAAUGCAGUGUUCAAGUCUGGAGAAAAGUACCCCCUCAUUAUUUUUUCCCAUGGACUUGGAGCUUUCAGAAGUAUAUAUUCAGCAAUUUGCAUUGAAAUGGCAUCUCAGGGUUUUGUCGUUGCUGCUGUUGAACACAGGGACCAGUCUGCUUCAGCUACAUAUUACUAUGAGGGGAAACCUGUUUCAGGAACAAAAGGCAAAGUUUCAGAGCUGCAUGAGGAAUGGAUUUAUUACCGGAAAUUAAAAGCAGAUGAAGAUGAAUUUUACUUGCGUCAUCAACAGCUACAGCAACGGGCAGAUGAAUGCACCAGGGCUGUUGACCUCAUGCUUGACAUCAAUUCUGGAAAGCCACCCGUGAAUGUGCUGCCUCUGAACUUUAACUGGAUCCUUUUAAAGGAUUCUAUUGACAUACAGAAGAUAACAAUGAUGGGGCACUCUUUUGGUGCUGCUACAGCCAUUGAGACUCUUGGCAAAGAUGUGCGAUUCAAGUGUGGUAUUGCUCUUGAUGCAUGGAUGUUACCCCUGUCUGAUGAAAUUUAUCCAAGAGUUCACCAGCCACUGCUGUUUAUAAAUUCAGAAAAAUUCCAGUGGGCUGCAAACAUUCUCGAAAUGAAGAAAUUAAACUGCGAAGACAGAGAAAGAAAAAUGAUCACAAUCGAAGGUUCCGUACAUCAGAGUUUUCCAGACUUUACAUUCCUCGUUGGUAGUAUUGUUGGAAAGAUUUUCAAUCUGAAAGGAGAAAUAGACCCCAACACAGCCAUUGAUAUUAGCAACAAAGCUUCGUUAGCUUUCUUACAGAAAUGUUUAGGCCUGAAGAAAGAUUUUAACCAGUGGGACGCUCUCUUAGAUGGCAAAGGUCUCAAUGUCAUUCAAGGCACCAACAUUGAUUUACCUCCAGUGGCAUCUCAGUCUGAACAAUAGAAUACUCUGCACUUUUAAACUCUUGAUUGAUAGGUGCUAUUUGUUUAUUGACCAUUCUGUAGAAUGCUUGAUGUAUACAGUUCAGUACAAUUUUUGUACCUUCUCCAUUUUUGUAGCAUUAUAUUUUUCCAGAUGUGAGAUCUUUACAUUAUUUGUCUAUCUGUUACAAUAUUAAUAGUCAUUCUUUAUUCUAGUCAGUUCGCACACAUCUCUAGGUCACAUCUGGCAAUGAAUCUAGCUACUGAAAUAGCUCACACUGAAGGUUUCGAAGGAUAUGAUUUGCUAAAUAAAGUUGAUUGACACAAAA